CGAAGCUGGUUCCGUAUUCGUCGUUUACCAAAGCUUUUAUCUCUUUGACAUAAGAAAGUUUACUUCAUUUUCCCCCACUGCUCACCUCCAGCGCCGGCAGCACGAUGGCAGCGGCGGCCCCGAACCCGGAGGACUCGGCCAGGAGCAGCGGUACCGGCGGCACCGGCGGCACCAGCACACCCAGCGCCCUUGCCGGAGACGGGGACGCCGAGGAGUCCGAGGACUUCACCUCCUCCUCCCACUGCUCAGAGCUGUCUCGGCGGCAGAACGAGCAGCGGAAGCAGGGCUUGUUCUGCGACGUGACGCUGGCCUUCAGCAGCGGGGCGGCUAGCGGGAGCGUGCAGAGCUGCGAGCUUUCAGCCCACAGGUCCGUCCUGGCUGCGGCCACCGAUUAUUUCACCCCCCUGCUGGGAGGACAGUUCUCCGAGUCCCUGUCCGGACGUGUAGAGAUGAAGGAAUGGAGCUCAGAGCUGGGGCCAGACUCGGAUACGGUGCAGAGUGUCAUCCAGUACAUGUACACAGGGGAAAUACGCGUUAGCACCUGCAAUGUACAUGAAGUAUUGGAGCUAGCUGACAGGUUCCUCUUGCUGCAGCUGAAGGACUUCUGUGGGGAGUUCCUCAAGAAGAAGCUGAGCCUGACCAACUGCGUGGCGGUGCACAGUCUAGCCCACAUGUACACCUUGGACCAGCUGGCUCUACGGGCUGCAGACAUGAUCCGUCGCAACUUCCACAAGGUCAUCCAGGAUGACGAGUUCUACACGCUGCCCUUUCACCUGGUUCGUGACUGGCUGUCGGAUGCAGAGAUCACAGUGGAUUCUGAGGAGGUGCUUUUUGAGGCUGUGGUGAAGUGGGUGCAGAAGAACCCAGAGGACCGCAGCCGCUACUUUGAGGAGCUGUUCCGUCUCCUGAGGCUGCCUCAAAUCAAGCCCACCUAUCUGACCAGGGUGGUGAAAACUGAGCUGCUGGUGUCCAGCAAUGAGGCCUGCCUACGGCUGGUGUCAGAGGCCGUGGAGGGUCACGCUAUUCGCUUUGAGAACCUCAAGUCAACGGAUAUGGAGUUCUGGUCUUCCCACAUGGCCUCCUUUCAGCCUCGCUUUGGCCAGAAUAUGGAUGUAAUCAUGGUGGUAGGCGGUGUGUCAGAAGGAGGGGACUACCUGAGUGAGUGUGUGGGCUACUUCAUUUAUGAGGACCGUUGGGUCAACCUGCCUCACAUCCACAACCACCUGGACGGCCACGCCAUCGCCGCCACAGAGUCCCACGUCUACGUAGCUGGUUCUAUGGAGCCUGGCUUCGCUAAGACCGUAGAGCGGUACAAUCCUAAUCGCAACACCUGGGAGCAGGUGAGCAACCUGACCACACGCAAGCACUCAUUUGGCCUCACCUGUAUAAAAGAUAUACUGUACAGCAUCGGUGGCCAUGGUAACUUCAGUCCAGGUUUCAAAGACGUCAGUAUAUACGAGCCAGAGCAGGACAAGUGGCACAAUCUGGAAUCAGCUCCCAAAAUCCUGCGGGAUGUGAAGGCAGUGAGUGUGGAGGACCGCUAUGUGUACAUCACGGCACGCACACCUGUCGAUACGGAUAAUGAGGAUGGACUAAAGACGGUGACCACGCGCUAUGACACAGAGAGCCGCCAGUGGCAAGACGUUGACUCCUUGCCACUUAUUGACAACUAUUGCAUCUUCCAGAUGGCUGUGGCUUCUACUAACUUCUACCACACGGCCUCUUGCUGCCCCAAGAGCUACACAGUGCGGGAUGAGGUUGCCAAGCAAAAGAUCAGUGGGCACAUCUCUGAUGAGAUCCUGGAGAGCCUGCCACCAGAGGUCACCAGCAUCGAGGGUGCUGCCAUCUGCCACUUCGAUGAGGACGUCUUCAUCAUCGGAGGCUGGAAGAACAGUGACGAUGUGGACAAGCAGUACCGCAAGGAGGCUUACCGCUACUGUGCAGAGAGGAAACGCUGGAUGCUGCUGCCGCCCAUGCCUCAGCCUCGCUGCCGAGCCACCGCCUGCCAUGUUCGUAUCCCCUACCGCUUCCUGUACGGCUGCCAGCGCUACCCCAUGCCCCAGAACCUGGCCCGCCAGCGAGACCGCAUGCAGCAGAUGCAGCAGCUUCACCGGCGCACGCUCACCUUACGCCGACAGCUCCAGUCGCAGAUAGAGUGCUGAGCAAGUCGGCGAAUGCUUAAUUAAAAAAAAACGACAUGAUUUAUCGGAGGAUACACUGCAAACAUUAUCUCCAUUAAAGCCAUCUUCAUUGACUCCCUCUCAUUCAUAACAUCCUGCAGUGGGUCUUGUUUGGCUAUCAUACUGGAUUACAUUAAACUGAACUCGUGCCAUCAGCUCCCAUGCUGUGUUGUGUUAAUGGCUGCUUUGUGGAAAGCCAUGAAGUGUUUAGACAGAUGUCUGGUGGUCUGUGAGGAGGAACAAGAGGAAUGUAAACAUGUGAAUAAGAGUGUUAUAUACUAUAGCAGCCAACAACUGAAAAUCCCUUUGUCAAUGUUGGCAUAGAUGCCGUUUAUCUGUUUGUACAUACAUAGGAUAAAGCUGUAUAUGUAAACAUUUAUAUGGAUAUUUUACAUUCCUUAAUUGUAUGCCUGUACUAGGUAGGCUAUGUGACAUUACCAAUAACUGCAUUCCUACAUUCAAUCCAACUCGCUUAAUGAAGUCUCAUUCCAUUUUAACACUGUGACAAUCUCCUCAUGCAAGUAGAACAUCUGUCCAAAUGUCUUAAAUCUAACUUGUACAUCAUUACUGCUUUAUUAGAACUGCUCUGCUUGUUAAAGUGCAGCCUCAACAAUUACAUGUUAAUUCCUUAAGAAAGGCUGUCAAAAUCCCAUAGACUAGUUUACUUUUAGAUUACAGUUUCCCUUCAACGUUUGUACUGAGUGUAUCUAAUAUAAAUUAAUUUGUGUUGCUCAUCUAAUAUUUGAAAACUAGUAAUUUAUCUCAUGGUUUCUGAGGUGGGGAAAUUAUGAGAAAACUGUGAUGUUGAAAAGAUGUGAUAAGAUUGAAUGAAACAAAUCCCUUGAUUUAUCUUAACGUUUAAACAAAUAUAUAUUUAGCCACUGCA